AUGUCUGACAAGCGGUCACGACAUGCCAGUGAUGCGAAAUCACAUCAAAGCCGCCGAAGCUCGUAUCACACGAGGAGCGAGGCGAGCUUCAGCACGGCGUCCUCCGGUCUCAGUGAAGCCCGCCGCCGGGCUGCACUUAGCCAGCUCCAGGCGGAACAGGCCCAGCGCGCCGCCGCCGCCAAGGCUGAGCUGGCCCGGCGUCUGGCGGAGGCGGACGCGGAGCAGGCCCGGCGUCAGGCGGAGCAGGCGGAGGCGCAGGCAGCGCUGGAAGCUCAGGCGGCGAAGGAUGAAGCAGAAUGCCGCCAGCUGGAGUUGGAGCUGCUGGAGCAGGAGGAGCGGGGUUCGCAGCUCGCUCGUUCUUACGUUGCACCAUCCGUCGCCGGCCUCCCGGUGGUUGCAACAGAGCCACCGGUGCAGGUAUGCGUGUCUCGACAGACGGACGAGUCGGUCACGCGCACCCGACAGUGGCUGACUCAGUCUCAGCUACACGUGCCACCAGUGGAUACGGCUCCCGUCAGCGCUGUGCCUCCACCUGCAAUGCGUCUGCAGCGCCCGUCCAGUGACGACACGCGAGCGGUCCCGCAUCUGCCGCGCAUCACACUGGAGAAGUUCGGAGGCUCUGCCAUCGAGUGGCCGCGGUGGAUGGCCCUCUUCAAAGCGCUGGUACACGACCGCGCCGACCUCACCGACGUAGAACGGCUGACCUAUCUGCAGACUCACCUGACGGGGCCGGCGAGAGAGUCUGUGCGGGGCAUGCUCUGCGACGCCAGUCUAUAUAGCACUGCCCUGGGUGAGCUGGAACGAGAGUUUGGUGACCCGUCCCGUGUAAUACACGCCACGAUGAAAAGACUGCUCACAGCGCGGCCAGUGAAAGACGGUGACCUGUCAGCGCUCACAGAGCUGUCUCGUGAGCUCCACACCGCGGCGGCCUGUCUCUCGUCUCUGCCGUCUUGA